AUGCAGGGACAAGCAGUAUUUAAUUCUUUAUUUAAUCACAGAAUCACAGGACAAGCUGUACCCAGACAGAAGCAAGCAAAUCAACUAAUGCUACAGAAGCAGGGACAAGCAGUGUUUAAUCUUACAGAAGCAGAAACAGAGACAAUCAGUACCCAUUUCUACAGAAGCAGAGACAAACAACACAAUCCCAUAGAAGCAGAGACAAGCAACACCAAUCCUAUACAGAAGCAGAGACAAGCAACACAAAAUCCUAUACAGAAGCAGAGACAAGCAACACACAAUCCUAUACAGAAGCAGAGACAAGCAACACACAAUUCCACAGAAAUAGAGACAAACAGCACACAAUCCUACAGAAGCAGAGACAAGCAACACACAAUCCCACAGAAGCAGAGACAAGCAACACACAAUCCUACAGAAGCAGAGACAAGCAACACACAAGCAAAACACUAUUUCUACAGAUACAGAGACAAGCAACACACAAUCACACAGAAGCAGAGACAAGCAACACACAAUCCCACAGAAGCAGAGACAAAAGCAGAGACAAGUAACACACAAUCCUACAGACGCAGAGACAAGCAACACACAAUCCGAUACAGAAGCAGAGACAAGCAACACACAAUCCAAUACAGAAGCAGAGACAAGCAACACACAAUCCUAAAGAAGCAGAGACAAGCAACACACAAUCCAAUACAGAAGCAGAGACAAGCAACACACACUCCUAUACAGAAGCAGAGACAAGCAACACACAAGCAAAACACCAAUUCUACAGAUGCAGAGACAAGCAACACACAAUCCUAUAUAGAAGCAGAGACAAGCAACACACAAUCCUACAGAAGCAGACACAAGCAACACACAAUGCCCAAUCCUACAGAAGCAGAGACAAGCAACACCCAAUUCUACAGAAGCAGACACAAGCAGCAUGCAAUACUACUGAAGCAAAGACAAGCAAUAUCCAAUCCUAAGGAAACAGCUAUAAAAGCAGAGACAAGCAACACACAAUCCUACAGAAGUAGAGACAAGCAACACACAAUUCUACAGAAGCAGAGACAAGCAACGCACAAUCCAAUACAGAAGCAGAGACAAGCAACACACAAUCCUAUACAGAAGCAGAGACAAGCAACACACAAUCCUACAGAAGCAGAGACAAGCAACACCAAAUCCUACAGAAGCAGAGACAAGCAACACCAAAUCCUACAGAAGCAGAGACAAGCAACACCAAAUCCUACAGAAGCAGAGACAAGAAUGAAGGUUAGGCUUGGCUUCUUACCAGGCUUUAAAGAUGUCAAUAUGCUUGGACCAAAGAACCAAGAAGGAGGACAGACUGUAGUUUUACCUAGAAGGGAAGUUUCUACCAUUAUCAAGGGUACUAGGAGGGAUGGACAGAUGGCAGCCACCAACACACUGAAGAGGAGACCAUUGCCAGGAUACAGGAUAUCCACUAUACAAACAGGCCAACAUUGGCUAAAGUGUAAGAAACAAGCUGCAUAUGGAGGACCACAAGGAGAAGAAGAAGACGACCACAUAAAGAAGAAGAGGACCACAGAAGAAAGAAGAGGACUGCACAAAGAAGAAGAGGACCACACAAAGAAGAAGAGAACAACACAAAGAAGAAGAGGACCACACAAAGGAGAAGAGAACCAUACGAAGAAGAAGAGGACCACACAGGAGAAGAGAAGAUCCACUGCAGAGGAGCCAUGGAAGAGGAGGUUCCAUAUCCAAUAA